GAGUGACUAAUAAUUCGUUUACAUAUUUCGGAGUGAAAAUUGUGAAUUCGGGCUGAGAAAUGCAAUCGGCGGCGAGGGGGCCGUCGCCGCGCGUGAGCGAGGCCGAGCUCAAGUGCAAGAACGACGAGUGCGAGUUCUACGGGAACGCGCAGUGGGGCGGCUACUGCUCCAAGUGCCGGAAAAUCGUGGCGAGCAGGGCGGCGAAAAGCGAGUCGCGCCUCCGACAUCAGCAUGACUCAUUCUCGGGCCACGACAGAAGCGGCGCCUCGUACUCUUCGAGCGGGUUUUCUCGCUUCGAGGAAAAGCGCCGCCAGCAGACGGAGAAGAAACCCAAGAUGAACGUCUUCAAGAAGUCGCCCAGCCCCAAAGAACCAGCGUCGUGCAUCACGCUGGCGGCCUCCGAACUGGAGCAGCUCAAGCAGGAAAACGCGUCCUUCUUCAGGACGAUCGACCAGCACGUCGAGAAGGAUAUUGCGGCCACCUGCAGGUCGCACGUAGACAAAAUCGCCGCGGUUGCCGAACUCAAGUCGGUCGACGAGCUCGAAAAGCAGAUUCAACAGGUCUACAAACUGCUCGUGAACAAAAUGGAUGCGUUUAAAAUUUAUUCCAGACUGUCGACCGAGGAGAAGGACCAGUGCCUCAUUUACGCGGAAAAUUACAUCAUGACGUGUUUGUACACGAGUCUCUUCUGUCCGCCAACCACUGAGGACGAGAACAAAGACCUAAUCAUCCAGAAUAGGAUUCGGCAGCUGAGUUGGGUGAACGCGGAGCACCUGGAGUGCAAGAUCAGCGAGACGGAGCCGGAAGUGCGCGAGCUGGUGUACUCUGCCAUCACGGAGAUCCUGAGCAUGGACUCUGCUCGCGCGCCCAACGAAAAGCUGAGCUGCGUGGUUCGCUGCUGCGGGGCCAUCUUCCGACUGCUGCAGGUGGCCCAGGGUGGGCCCGCCUCGGCCGACGACUUCCUUCCCGCGCUAAUUUUCGUGACGCUAAAGGCCAAUCCGCCGCGCCUCAAGAGCAACAUCAACUACAUCUCGCGCUUCUGCAACGAGAAUCGGCUCGUUUCCGGCGAGGCUGCUUAUUACUUCACAAAUUUGUGCGGCGCCGUGUCGUUUAUUGAGAGCAUCGGCGCCAAGUCGGUGAACCUGCCGAACGAUGAGUUCGACCAGUACAUGUCCGGAAAGGUGGUGCCCGUCAGCACCUGGGACAGCGCCCUUCUCAUGUGCGAGAGCAUGCGGGUGAUUAACGAGCAGCUGACCACUUUGGAAGACUUGGAGAAGAGGAACGGAAACACGCUUUCCACCGCUAGUCUGCUCCACCAGGAAAUUCUUGCAUUCCAGGACGAUAUUUGCAGUAAAUUGGACGCACUUGUCGAACAGGCGCCGCUAAUUUUGCGUCCGAUCAAGGAGCCGACGGAACUGGACAGCGAGAAUCCUCUCACCGAGUCUCUGCCACCUCCGAUCGUUCCACAGGUAUUAGGUCCGAGCGUGUCGCCAAAGCUGGAUUUGGAGCCAUUGUCGCCGCUAGAGGCACCGGCAGUGGCGGCGCCGUUUCCCCUGUCGCCGCCGUCCCCGUUAUCGCCGCCGCCAGACAUUUUGGCCGCCCAGCAGAGUCUGGAACUAGUCAGGGGACUAAACUACGACAUCACCCUGCACGAGUCCAGCCCUGAAAACACCGAUGCCGAGGACCAAGGGCCUGGAUCGUUGCUGGACUCGAUGAACCUGUCUCCGACGAGUGGACAGCCGCUUCCUCUUCCGUCGCCACUGACCCCAGAGGUGUCUCAGGGUGGCCAGAACUACCAGGGAUUCUCCACGCAGGGUUGGAGCAUUCAGAGCGUGACCUGUGCGACAGGAGCCGCGCCCGUUCCAGAGCCGAAAGACCAAAAUCAAGUUUAAGGUCUCUUAGAACCACUGCCAACCGAAUUUUACUCGGAUCUUGAUUUAUUUAUAUUAUUGCUAUGUAAAGGAUUUUAUUGGCGUUAAAAAUAAAAAUCUUCAUUUACGAGCGGAGAAAUAAAUUAUA